AUGCCUGACAACGAUAUUUUGGAUGACGCCUAUGUCGCCGCGCUUUUGGAGCAAGAUGCGAAAAACCUGACGGGUAUGUUUAAUUUGCACAACAACUCACAAACCAAGCCUGCUAGCAAACCCAAGCCCAACACUCGGUUUCUUCGAAAUAUAAUCAAAGAUACCGACUCACACAAUGCUGCUAUGCUAGCGAGAGAAGCUGUAGACUCUAGAGCGAAAUUAAGAGGAUUAGACUCGGUCGAAGAACCCGUUAGAAAAGCGGUACGCGGCACUCAUGAUGUGCGCAAGAGGCAGCUUGGUGAUAUCGCUGCGAUUUUGGGUGCUGGUAAUGGGUUAAAAAGGAAGAGAGUGGAGAAAGAAGAAAUUGAUGGACAGAACGGAUCGAGACGACCUGAUUCAAUUUUAAGGCAUGAAUCUUUGGGCGCAAAACAAGCAAGACCGCGAGGGAUCACUGGAGAAAAGGAACGGAGUACACGGGAGAGACCAAGGGCGGAUGAUGAGGAUAAUAGCGCUAGGAAGGCAAGAAGUCGCGACCGCAAAAUCUACUCUGAACGUCGAGAUAGGGAAGUAAAUGCGGACGAACGAAGUGAUUCAAGAAGACGCCAUAUAUCGAAACUCGCCGAGGCAUCGGAGAAAGAGGAUAGACGAAAGUCGCGCCAUCGAGAUCGGGAAAGAAGUCCACGACGAUAUAGGAUCCACAGGAGCUCAUCGAGAGAUAGAACUCGUGAUGAUAGAAAAAGCAAGAGGCGUCGCAGUCGGUCAACCUCGCCCCGCGAGAAGAGGGUUAAAUAUGCGAGAAGACGAUCUAGCUCUCCUCGCCGAAACAGAAGCAAAUCCCCAGCGGAUCGCCAUGAGAGACGGCGACGUUCCCGUUCAAAUGAACCGAGAUCGUCGGCGAAGCCAGAUAUCAAGAAGACCCCAACCGAGGAAGACUACGAUUCCGAUCCCCUGGCCUCGAUAAUUGGCCCUCUUCCACCAAAUCAACCAGAAAUUCGCACGCGUGGUCGUGGUACAUUUUCACAUAGUGCUGGUAUCGACUCUCGCUUUUCCGCUGACUACGACCCGACAGCCGACGUACGGCUUGAUCCUGACGAAGAAAACGACUGGGACCAAGCGCUGGAAGCUCUUAGAGAUCGGACGAAAUGGAAACAGCAAGGCGCUGAUCGACUAAAAGCAGCAGGGUUUACUGACGAAGAAAUCAAGAAAUGGGAGAAGGGAGGCGAGAAGAAUGAGGAGGAUGUUAGAUGGUCCAAGAAGGGAGAGGGAAGAGAGUGGGAUAAGGGGAAGAUUCUUGACGUAGAUGGAGAUAUCGCCUUUGAGCCAGCAUUUGGUAGGCUGAAGGAUAACUAA